GAUCUCAGUCACACAAUGCACAGUGGCCAUCAGUACGCAAUGAAUUAUAAAACGUUCAUGGCGGCCCAAGGUUAUACGUUCAAGAGAAUCCUUGGAGAAGGCUCAUUUGGCAAAGUUGUGAGUGCAUACUCCAAAGAGCUGAAAGGAAUAGUUGCCAUUAAGAUAAUAGACAAAGAAAAAAUCUGUUCCAAUUACUUGGAAAAAUUUCUGCCUCAAGAAAUGAAGAUCAUCAGGCUUUUGAACCAUCCCAAUGUUGUCAAGACUCACGAUAUCUUUGGAUCAUACACAAGCAAGGUCUAUUUGGUGAUGGAGCUCUGUGCGAAAGGGAACCUCCUGGAUUAUAUCAAUGACCAGGGUACUUUACCGGAACCUUCAUGCUUCAGACUUUUCACACAGCUCUGUAAGGCCAUCAAAUAUCUCCACAAAAGCAACGUGGCUCAUAGGGACAUAAAAUGUGAAAACCUGCUGCUAGACAAACAUAGCAAUCUUAAAGUGUGUGACUUUGGAUUCAGCAAGUUGCUCACUUGUAGACACGGGCAACUGAAGUUGAGUGAAACUUACUGUGGUACCUGGUCCUAUGCAGCGCCUGAGAUUUUAAGAGCCAUUCCAUACAACCCUAAAGUAUCUGAUGUGUGGAGUAUGGGUGUUGUGAUGUAUAUGAUGCUUUGUGCAUUAAUGCCCUAUGAUACCAGCAGUAUAAAAAGACAGGUGGAAAUUCAAAUGCAACACAACAUUAACUUCCCAGACACACCGGCGGUUUCAUCUGAAGCCAAGGACCUUAUUCGAAGCAUUCUGCACCCCGAUGUGGAGCAGCGGAUAAUAAUUAGAGACAUCUUAUGUAGUACCUGGAUGUUACGGAAAGGAAAAAUGGAGGGCAGCAAUGAGGCACCAUCAGCAAACACUGGCUGCGAACAGGACGAACCUCCUGAUGAUGAGGCCAGAGAGGAAGAGCAAACUCUGAAUGACAGUUCAGAUCCAGGGGAGGGGCCAUCAACUGCUGCCCCGAGACACUGACCUUCAUUGAUCAACAUCCUCUGAUGCUACAGCCAUCCACAUGGCAUCACCCUGUCCACCACAUGAAAUGUCUAUCUCUUGGUCUGCCUGUGUCUCUUUGUCUCUCUCUUGAUGACUGGUUCUCUCAUGUCUCUCUACCCAACUAGUCGAGGGAGAUGACCAUCCAUCUAUGAUCCUGGUUUUGUCCAAGGGUUCUGCCCAUUAAAAGACGUUUGUCCUUGC